GGCCGGCCGGGUGCCACCGCUCACCCCCCAGCCCCGGCUUCCUCCGUUAGGGGCGUGGGACCUGCUAGUCAGAGUCUAGGGACCCGGACAGCUCCUGCCCGCCUUCUCCACUCCUACUUUCCCAGGAGCCCAGUCCACGUGUGGGUCCAUGCGGAGCAGCCCGUUUGCCCCUCGCCGGCCGAGGGCUGGAGGACCUGAACGUCGGGGACCGCAGCGUCUCCUCACCAGACUCCCUGUCUGCACAUGAUGUCCACUCCCCUGCAUUCUCAGAUGGCUCCUAUUCUCAGAUGGCCUCAAUGAGGAUAGAAUGAGGAAGGGUCCAAUGAGGACUAGGGUCCUGGCGUGAGCGCAAAUCGUCGUCCUGAGCGCUUAGAACGCCUGGGUUUGGGACUGGAAGGUUGCAUUUGGGGGCGAUACGGACAGCUAGGCCUCCCCUUGCCGAAUAGACCCUCCCCUACCCCUGCCCGGGGGCGGAGUAGGGGAGAGGGGCCCGUAGAGGGGCUGGCCCUUUAAGGGGGUGUGGUCGGGGGGCGGAGGAAGAGCUAGACAGAGAAAGCGCUUCGGCGGCGGCAGCUCGGGCGGCGGCCGCGGGGGACAAAGGGCGGGCGGAUCGGCGGGGAGGGGGCGGGGCGCGGCCAGGCCAGGCCCGGGGGCUCCGCAUGCUGCAGCUGCCCCCGGGCGCCCCCGCCGCCGCCCUCGCCGCGGAGCCGCGCGGAGCUGAGCCGGCGAGCUAACCCGAGCCAGCCGGCGGGCGUCCCGGAGGCGGCGGCGCAGGGAGGGGCCCAACGCGCGCACGUGGCCCCGGCGGCCGCCAUGGCGGACAGCGGCACGGCGGGGGGCGCGGCGUUGGCGGCCCCGGCCCCCGGGCCGGGCAGUGGCGGCCCAGGACCACGCGUCUACUUUCAGAGCCCCCCCGGGGCCGCAGGAGAGGGCCCGGGUGGCGCGGACGAUGAGGGCCCAGUGAGGCGCCAAGGGAAGGUCACCGUCAAGUAUGACCGCAAGGAACUACGGAAGCGCCUCAACCUAGAGGAGUGGAUCCUGGAGCAGCUUACGCGCCUCUACGACUGCCAGGAAGAGGAGAUCCCAGAACUGGAGAUUGAUGUGGAUGAGCUCCUGGACAUGGAGAGUGAUGAUGCCCGGGCUGCCAGGGUCAAGGAGCUGCUGGUUGACUGUUACAAACCCACAGAGGCCUUCAUCUCUGGCCUGCUGGACAAGAUCCGGGGCAUGCAGAAGCUGAGCACACCCCAGAAGAAGUGAGGGUCCCCGACCCAGGCGAACGGUGGCUCCCACAGGACAAUCGCUGCCCCCUGACCUCGUAGCAACAGCAAUACCGGGGGACCCUGCGGCCAGGCCUGGUGCCAUGAGCAGGGCUCCUCGUGCCCCUGGCCCAGGGGUCUCUUCCCCUGCCCCCUCAGUUUUCCACUUUUGGGGUUUUUUAUUGUUAUUAAACUGAUGGGACUUUUUGUGUUUUUAUAUUGACUCUGCAGCGCGGGCCCGUUAAUAAAGCUAGGAGAUGCCUUUGGUGCAGCUAA